GAUGAUGAGAAUGGGUCAUCAGCUGCAGACAGUCAGGUGUGGUCGGCGGGGAGACAUUCCGACCGGAGCGGGGAUCCAGAUCACUCCUCCGGGACUUAAGAACAACGCCUACCGGGGAACAGUAACCAUGAACCAGCCUCAGGAUAACAAACACAACAAAGGGAGCAGACACCUAAAGAAAGAAGAAGCGAGAGUCCUCCUCAUGUAACGAAACAGGGAACGGAUGACUGCUCGCCCGCCCACCAGAGGAACUGAUGUGGGAUUGAGGGAUCAGAUGUAACCACUACUGACCUGGAGUGAAAACGAGGAACAGCUCAGCGUGUCUUAAAAAGGGAUGGAGUUAAUGAGUGAGCAGCGGAGGAGCUCAGCACAGUAACUGGAUUCAUGAUUGAUCAUCUCCACCCUGCAUUAAGCUGUCAGAGUCCCCACCACAGGAUCCCUCCAGCACAGAGUCUUAGAUGUGUGGCCUUCAGUGUCUUCAUGCAGAGACUCGCGUGAAGACAUACAUGACAGAAACGAGGGAGUGUCCACACUACACUGACAUAACUGUGAAUUUAACAAAUCAAUGCAGAACUCUCUGAGUCCCCACCAGCUGGAAAUCCCCCGCCGGACCGUCACUGGGUGGAACUGGAACUAAGGUGGCAGCAUGCGAUCCCGCUCCACGGUCCAGAAUGAAUCAUUAGUUCAGAGCUUUACAGACGCGCUUCACUCUCUGCUGGCUGCUGUGGUUUCACUCUGAAACCAGAGGAAGGGAUGUGAACUUUAGCGCUGAGACUUUACACAAAGUGCAGAUUCUCAACUGGAAAUGUCCUCUCAUCAGCACGAGCGCUGGACUCGUUCUGCUCUGAGCUCGUAGCGUCAGGAAGUGGGAGCAAACACAGAAACACUGAUAAAGAGGAGCGCCUCCUCCGGGGGACUGAUUUCACUGGGACGUCCAGUCAGAGGCCGUGCAGAUGGCGGGAAAGGACUACAAUCAUCUCUUUAAACUGCUCAUCAUUGGAGACUCCAAUGUGGGGAAAAGCAGCCUCCUGCUCCGCUUUGCAGACAACUCCUUCUCUGGCAGCUACAUCACCACCAUCGGCGUCGACUUCAAGAUCCGCACCGUGGACAUCGACGGAGAGCGGGUCAAGCUGCAGAUCUGGGACACGGCAGGGCAGGAGCGGUUCAGGACCAUCACUUCAACGUACUACAGGAACACACACGGCGUCAUCAUCGUCUACGACGUGACGAAUCCAGAGUCGUUUGUAAACGUGAAGAGGUGGCUGAACGAAAUCUCCCAGAACUGUGACAACGUCUGCAAGAUACUCGUCGGAAACAAGAACGACGACCCCGCCAAGAAGCAGGUGGAAACUCAGGACGCAGGGCGCUUUGGGGAGUCCAUGGGGGUCCGGGUGUUUGAGACCAGUGCCAAAGAGAACAUUAAUGUAGAAGAGAUGUUCAUGGCCUUCACUCACAUGGUUCUCCGCGCCAAGAAGCAGAGUCAGAACCGAGCGGAGAGGGAGCGAGAGCGGGAGAAGGACACGGUCAACAUGAACGCCCAGAGAGACCGAGACCGCCGGAAGAGAGGGAAGAAGUGCUGCUGAACCCCCCACCGCUCAGCGACGCACCGCUCAGUGACGCACCGCUCUACAAAGCGUGGACAUAAGAUUUGGGGAACCCCGUGCCUUAGGAGGAGGAAAGUGUUUCAUCCUGCAGACGUGAAUGUUUGAAUCUGUGCGCUUCACUGUUGACUAUGCAGAGCUCCAACGCAGCCUACGGGUCGGUGCGCUUUACUGUGGGAGUGAAUGAAACAGAGGAGGAGGAGGAGGAGGAAGAGGAGGAGGAGGAGGAGGAGGAGGAGGAAGAGGAGGAGGAGGAGGAGGAGGAAGAGGAGGAGGAGGAAGAGGAGGAGGAAGAGGAGGAGGAGGAAGAGGAAGAGGAGGAGGAAGAAGAGGAGGAAGAAGAGGAGGAGGAGGAGGAGGAGGAGGAGGAGGAGGAGGAGGAGGAGGAGGAGGAGGAGGAACAACAGUCUGUCUGCACUGACUCUUGGAGCGGCCUGGAGGUUACACAGGUUAAAGGAUCAUUCUGGUGUUUUGGAAUCUUCUGUGCAUUCGUUAUAAAUCACACUAAAGCAUCUCUGACUCUAACAUCCUGACUACCAGGACUUUCUCUCUUUAUGUCCAUGAUCACGAGAGGAUUCAUCCUCACAUCCGAUUCAUCCUCACAUCCUCAUCAGACUACCACCAGAUCUUCUUCCUUUUUUCUGCCCCAAAGGAGGAUUACGAUUAUUAGAUUCAUGUUCAUGUUCUGUAUUUUAUCUGAAAGAUACAGAAGGAAAUUCACAAACAUUUCUCCCUCUGUUGAUGCUCCUAAGAGGAUGAUUUUUAAUAUUUUAGUGACCCAUGAUCUUCUCAUAAAAGCCACUACAAGAGUAAAGUUUGAAGUGAAACACAGAAAUAAAUCAGGCCAGGUUACUAUGAAUAUUUCCCCUCACUAGUCCUGCUUCCCCUGAUAAAUCUGAAUAUUUCAGGGACCCUUAAACGCCAACACAAGGUAACCAUUUCAACUGAGAGGCAUGAUCUCAAACCUGAAAUAUGGAGCACAUUCUCCUUUAUUUCUAAUCCCCGACUCUGACAUCAGCUGAGUUAUUCCUAGAGUUUAUUCCUACACCUGCUGCCUUUGAUUAUUCUCUUAAAACUGUUAAUCUGAUUAUUGUUCUCACAUCUUUUUAACACGCGCUUCAGAAAACUGUCCUUAAAGCUGACCCAGAAACCCUCCGAUGAUAGAGGUCGUCAGCUUCCACCAGAUUGCCUUGACGUGCAGAUUCAUGGUUCCCAGAGGAUGAACCCUACCUGUUAGCUGACACACAGCUCAGACCUCUCUGCUGAUGUCGAGGUGAACAGUCCGUCUGAAUGGAAGAGGUCUGAGAAGUUAUCGUGCAGACGUCGUGUGAUCCUCGAGGAGAACACUUUGUGCCAAACGAGUUUUUGUUUUCUGCACAUUAACUUAUUUUUGCUGCAGUGUUUACGUCACAGUCUGUCUUCCAUCCUUUAGACAAUCCAUCACAGAACAUUAUAUGACUUACCUGAGAGGACGGGGUCACGGUGGACUCAGAAAUCAGAAACACAAUCUGCUGACACACAGCUGAGAGGAGUUUCCAAAAACACCAGGAUGGUUCUUUAACUCCGCUCUACUGAACCACUCUUUGGACCCAUGUUUGAUUUUGUCUUUGUGUUUUUAAUCCUGUAAAGUUUUUACCGCUGAAAGGGAAACGGGCGUUACUAAACCGUAACCGUGAGUCUCUAACAUGUGAUGAGUCUCUAACAUGUGAUGAGUCUCUAACAUGUGAUGAGUCUCUAACAUGUGAUGAGUCUCUAACAUGUGAUGAGUCUCUAACAUGUGAUGAGUCUCUAACAUGUGAUGAGUCUGAGUCUCUAACAUGUGAUGAGUCUCUAACAUGUGAUGAGUCUGAGUCUCUAACAUGUGAUGAGUCUCUAACAUGUGAUGAGUCUCUAACAUGUGAUGAGUCUCUAAC